AUGUCCGAUCGGAUCUGCAUCCACUCUGGCGGCAAGAAGGUGGUGCGAGUGAGUGCACAGGAUCUGGUCUCCUGUUGCGGAAUCGCCUGCGGCAUGGGCUGCAAUGGUGGCCUACCCGAAGGCGCCUGGAAGUACUGGGUGAACUACGGCCUCGUGAGCGGCGGCCCCUACGGCAGCAAUGACACCUGUCGACCCUACGAGAUUCCGCCCUGCGCGCAUCGAACCAAGAGCGAAAGACCUGAAUGCAAGGGCAUCAGCCGGACGCCGAAGUGCGUCCAUCAAUGUGCGCAGGCCUACAACGUUCACGCCAAUGAGGAGCACAUUAAACUGGAAAUCAUGAUGCACGGACCGGUGGAGGCAGACUUUGAGGUCUUCGCCGACUUCCUGCACUACGAGUCAGGCGUCUACCAGCAUGUUAGCGGCGGCCUCCUCGGUGGACAUGCAAUCCGUCUGCUCGGCUGGGGUGUGGAAGACGGCACGCCUUAUUGGCUAGCAGCAAACUCCUGGAACACCGACUGGGGAGACAAUGGUUUCUUCAAGAUCCGCCGCGGCAAGAAUGAGUGCGGAAUCGAGGCGGAUGUCAACGCAGGUAUCCCACGGGAUUGA